CCACAGGUGCUCUGGCGGCGACACUUGGACUCCCAGGCCUACGAAACGCAGAGCGGAAUCGUACCAGGGAAGCAAUUUGCGGAAAAAUGAGGCUAAAGCUGAGUGGUACUUAGCCCUUCAGUGUAUAAAGGAUCAAGUAUAUCCUCUGUUCCACUUUUUUUGGAGAAGAUGUGACGUCUUUCCAUCCUCAAAAUGGCAUUCAUCAAAUCUUCAUUCCGAUUUCUCCUAUCCCUUUCCCUCUCCCUCUACCAAAUCACGGCCUCUAUAACCCCCAAUUCCUCCCCACUCGUCACUCUCGACUACGGCAUCUUCCAAGGCGUCUACUCAACCUCCUACAACCUAACCCACUACCGCCGGAUUCCUUUUGGCGCCUCCACCGCAGGCCCGAACCGCUUCCGCGCACCCCAACCCCCACUCCCUGUCAAUGGCACCUAUAACACCGACCGCGCCUUCGACAUGUGUCCACAACGCACCGUUAACGGAUCCGAAGACUGUCUCUACCUCGGUCUGUACUCUCGGCCUUGGGACGGAAAAACACUGCGACCCGUGCUCGUCACGUUCUACGGCGGCGGAUUUAUCCAGGGUUCUGCGAGUUUUACGAUUCCACCGAGCGGGUUUCCGGUGUUGAAUGCAAGCCAAUUGAAUGAUUACGUUGUUGUCUAUCCGAACUACCGGACCAACGUUUUCGGCUUCCUAGCCGGGGCGAAACUGAAAGGAAGAACGGAUGUAGAUUUUAAUCCCGGGUUGCUGGAUCAACAAGCUGCGUUGAAAUGGGUGCAGAAGUAUAUCACGAGAUUUGGUGGUGAUCCCGCUAAUGUCACCAUCUGGGGUCAGUCGGCAGGUGGAGGAAGCGUGGUUGCGCAGUCCAUUGCAAAGGGAAAUCGAGGAAAGGGGCUGUUUGUGAAGGCAAUGGCUAGUUCCCCGUAUUGGCCGAAGACGUAUCGGUUUGAUGCGCCUGAGAUUGAAGAGUUGUAUGAGCAGGUUGUUGAAGCUGGGGGGUGUAAAUCAAAGGAUGAUGAAAUCGGAUGUUUGAAGAGCGUAGACGUGCAGUUGUUGAGAGAGAUUAGUUUGAAGAUUUCAGCAGAGCACACAUAUUCGACUAGUAGCUAUACUUGGGGACCCGUUGUUAGUGAUGGGUUCCUCGCGGAAUCGUUGUCGGAGGUUGUUAGGAGUGGGAAGUUGAACGUGGAGAUGGUCAUGGGAAGUUAUAACUUGCAUGAGGGGGAGAACUUUAUUCCGCCAGGGUUGGCCAGUGCUUCGGGAUCCGGGGGUUUCAAUUCGUCGACUGCGAGUUUUGAGACCAUGUUGAAGCUUUUCUUGCCAGGCUUUGGCGAGAAUGAAGUGAACGAGGUGAAGAGGUUGUAUCCGGAAAUGGGAACUGCGGAGGAGAUUCAAUGGAAUACUACGUAUGAGAGAGCGGGGAUGGUGUACCGAGAUCUAGUGCUCGCUUGCCCAGCAUAUUGGACUGCGAAGACAGCAAAAAAAGGGUGGCUGAUUGAGUAUACGAUUAGUCCGGCGAAGCAUGCUUCCGAUACUAUUUACUGGAACCAAGUCAACGCGGUUCAGAAAUCCGAUACUUUGAUCUAUGAAGGAUAUACAGGGGCAAUGGCGAGUUUUGCCCAAACGGGCGACCCUAACGCGCAUAAGCUUACAAAUGUAAGUACUGUGGGUGUACCAAGCGUAGAUGAGAAUAGGCAAUUCGUAGUUCGUAAAUCCAGGCUCGCGGAUGUCAGUAUUAGCAUGUUGGAGAAGAGAUGCGAGUUCUGGCUUCAGCAGGGGAGUAAAAUUCCCGUGUGACCAAAUGCCUACCAACCCAAGAAAUUCAG